AUGGUCGCAAGCUGCGAGGAGGAUGUCGAGUCGGCUACUCAAGCCCUCGAUCAGCUUCAAACGGCCGUCGCUGCAGCGCAGUUCGGCCUGGACUCGGCGAAGACGUCGCUGCAGGAGAAGGAGGCCGAAAUCGAGAAUCUGCCGCCUUUUGCACACGAGGGCGCCCGUGAGGAGCUUCUCAGGCUCCGGCAACAGAUUCAACAGGCCCAGGUGACGCUGCAGCCGCUCAAAACCACUCGCCAAGACUGGGAACGACGGCGAACGAGCCAGAAGGUCAUCGCGCAGGUGGAGCAAAAGCUCGUGCUUGCAGAGGUAGAGGCGGAGCAGACCACGGUGAUGCUCAAGGACAUCAACGCGACGGACGUCAUCAGUCAAGAGCUUCUCGGUGAUGCAAAGAAGGCCGUCCGUUCUGUGGAGCGUACCACGACUGCCGCCUCGAGCCACCUAAACUCACGCCGUGCUCUUCUGCAGAACACGCCUCUGGGGCAGAAGGAGCUCGAAGUUCUUCAACCACGCCUUGAGACCGUGCAGUCCCAGCAGUGCACCCUCGAAGAACAGCUCCGAAACUUGGAGGACAAGUUCCUCACCGGGGGAUACCUGGCAGAGGCUACCGCAAAGCUGGAAGCGCUCCGGGAAGCUCUCGGGAGGCUGGAGGUCACAGAGGCAUCCUUGGAUGAGGACGACCAAGAGGAGGCCGUCAAGUCCCUUCAAGCUACCCGGCCCUGGCUGCCUCCAAAGGCUUCUUCAUCAGGUUCCUACAGUAGGGUUGGGAAGGAAUAG